AUACCCGCCACAAACUAAAAAUUUACUCUAUUGUUCGCGAGUUUUCUUUGUUGCAAGUUCGAGCCUGACUUUCUCCCUCGCUUAGGAUAAUUAGUACAAGUUUCGCGCGAUACCUCGUCCCGAUAUUGAAAACCAGUUUCGUUUUCUUUGUGACUCAUCAGAAUUCCACAGGCUCAAGGAAAAUUGAUGGAAAAUACAAUGGCCGACCCAAACACAAACAAUAGCAGCAGCAACGAGUCCACCGAUCAGGUAGGAAUUCGCGUGGAAAACGAAAACCCGGACGAUCACACAGACGCCUUUGGAUCUGUGGGUGGCAGCAGUGGCACAGCUGCAGCCUCGAGUUCCUCGCAUCACAACAACAUCUACGGUAGCGGAGCCAUUGGUCAGCUGGCCAAUGGCUAUAAAUCCCCCUCUUCGAGUUAUGGCAAAAAUGUUGCAAAAAUGGUCACGGACCGUCAUGCUGCAGAGUACAAUAUGCGACACAAAAAUCGUGGCAUGGCUUUGAUCUUUAACCAUGAGCACUUCGAGGUGCCCACUUUGAAGUCGCGUGCAGGCACCAACGUGGACUGUGAGAAUCUGACCCGAGUGCUGAAACAGCUCGAUUUUGAAGUGACCGUCUACAAGGACUGUCGCUACAAAGACAUUGUACGUACAAUUGAAUUGGCGGCCUCGCAGAAUCACGGCGAUAGCGACUGCAUUUUGGUGGCGAUUCUAUCGCACGGAGAGAUGGGCUACAUCUAUGCCAAAGACACCCAAUACAAGCUAGAGAACAUCUGGAGCUUCUUCACGGCCAAUCACUGCCCCUCGCUGGCUGGCAAGCCGAAACUGUUCUUCAUCCAGGCCUGCCAGGGCGACCGAUUGGACACGGGAGUGACCAUGCAACGAGGACAUACCGAAACCGAUGGCGACUCAUCCAUGAGCUACAAGAUACCCGUACAUGCCGAUUUCCUCAUUGCCUACUCGACCGUCCCCGGGUUUUACUCGUGGCGCAACACCACUCGGGGAAGCUGGUUCAUGCAGAGCCUGUGCGUCGAGCUGGCUGCCAAUGGCAAGCGCCUGGACAUACUAACGCUGCUGACCUUCGUCUCGCAGCGUGUGGCCGUUGACUUUGAGUCAUGCACCCCCGAUACACCCGAGAUGCACCAGCAGAAGCAGAUCCCCUGCGUUACCACGAUGCUAACGCGCAUUUUGCGUUUCAGCGAUAAGCAAUUGGUCCCCGCCGGACGAGUUUGAUGGCUACUGGUCUGGUUGAUGGGUUGGCUAAGGCUAAGGCGGGGUGUGUGAUACGCGAGGGGUAGCAGGGCGCAGACGUAGCUACAGUAUCCCUGAAACUGUACUACAAAACAUUUUUCUACUUCAUUUUGUUUAUAGUAUCCUAUAACCAGCGCUAUUUUCUCAGUAAUUUACCGAAUAUAUUAAUCUCUUAACUAGCAUUUAUUACUAUCGGAUUGACAACUCUUGCCCAACAAGUGUGGCGAUAGGCCCUUUUAAAGUUUUUUAAAAUUAUUUAUACGCAUAAAUACUCGU